AUGGCACAAGUACCGUUCCUAGUUAUUGUCGGCCCAUCAGGAGUGGGAAAGGGCACGCUACAUAAGAUGCUUAUUGAUGAAUUUACCGAUCUAUUCGAACUUAGCAUUAGCUGUACCACUAGAGCUAUCCGACCCAGCGAACGUCACAAUGUGAACUAUUAUUUUAUCACCAAUGAGGCGUUUGAAGAAAUGAAAGCGGCAGAUGCCUUCCUUGAGUGUGCAUCGUACGUAGGCAAUCAGUAUGGCACACCUGUGAGCGAAAUCAGCCGCAUUCAAGCCAAAGGCAAAGUGCCGUUGUUGGAAAUAGAGAUGUGUGGGUUCAAAAAACUCAAGGAUAAAGGUAUACCGUUAUAUAGCGUAUUCGUAACCACGUCCGAUGUCGGUGAACUCAGAAGCAGACUUGUCAGCAGAGGCUCACACAAAAAAUUGGAAAUGGAACAGAGAUUAGAAAGAGCGUUGGAGGAAAUAGAUGAGGCAAAGACAUCUGAUUUCUCCAUCACCAUAGUUAACGAAACUCUCGAAGAGAGCUAUAGGAUACUAAAAGAACAAGUUAUGAAGUGGUACGGAAAACCAUCAAAAGGUUAA